UUUAUUUUGGGGGGAUGAGUGGAGAGCGAGGGUUAUUUUGUUUUUUAAUUUGUUUGUUGUUGUUUUGUUUUUGUUUUUUUUGUGUGUUUUUUUAUGGAGCUCCUUACACAGUACCACUGCAGACGCGUGUGCAGGGAUUUUAGCAGGGGGGAGGAGGUCUACACGAAGAUCGGGCCUUCAACUCCGGGCCAAUUAGAUGUGUUGUCAGAAGUCAUACCCGCAGGUAUGGCCCAACUCAGUCACCGGCAUCUCAUCAUCCAUCUUCACGGGUAGCACCUCACAGCAAACCACGUUAAGAAAUCUCCGAAAAGCAACAGUGCGAUUCAUCAAUGAGCCAGCCGGCAAACAAUGAAACAUGGGAAAAGUUCCUCAUGCCUUUAUUUUCAUAUCAGUGUCGAAGACCAAGAUGUGAAAAAAAAAUUGACAAAGAUUCGCUUGUUGGACCAUCGUCCAUUUCGUACAAUUUUGGGUCCAGAAUAGACUUACAAAGCGGCAACAAAACAUCUAAAAAGACACAUGAGAAUGAUGAACAGAAAGAAGCAUUUGAUGAUGAUGAUGAUGAUAGUGUCAUUAUUAUACAUGACACCACAAACGUAGACAUAACGACAAAAGAACCAUUGGAUUUGAUCAGUCCUUACACUUCCGGUUCCGACGAUAAUAUUGUGUCGUCUGCAACAACAGUUCCUAGUAAUUCUAAUACGAUCCAGACAAAGAAGAUACAGAAAAGGUCUACCAAAAGAGCAGUAAACGAUAACAUCGUUGAUAACGUCGCUUCCAAAUACAGAAAGACAGAUAUUGGCAGCACAAAGGUGGAACAGAGCAGAGCUGAAAACAGCGACAGUUCCAAAGAGAACAAAAGUGGAUUUUUAAACAUUUUCAAAAGCUGGUUUACAUCUGGUCAGGUACCCAGUCCUUCCAGCGGGAUAUCAACCAGUGACAGUGUUCUGUUAAAAGCAGGUCUUCCAAAGCAAAAGCUUCAGAUGCGACCAAUAAUGCCCAUAGACCAUCGAGCUAAAACCUUGACCAAGUGGGACUUUUGGAUGUUCAGCAGUUUGGUUAAUUUUGAAGAUGAUGUUGAGAGGCUCAUGGUUCAAACAAAAUCCCUGGAUGUAUCCGUGGCUUCAGAAGAAAUGAAUACAGCAAUCGAGGAAAGCCUCCAUCUGCUGCAGACGUCACACACGCAGCCCGUGCUGGAAGACGUCUUGUACAAACAGUCACAUGUCAGAAUCCUUUUAACGGCCAUUCUGCAAAAGGUCCGCAUGAGAUUAAAGUUCGGCAUAAAAACAGAAGAACAGGUUGACCUGAAACACCUCCCGAACUGUAAGUUUGACUUCUUAUUCCACACGCACGAUGGAAAGCCGAUCGGAUGCAUGGAAGCAAAGACGUCUUCUGGCAUGAACAACAGAGCCUUCGCCCAAGCAACCAUCCAGCUCCUGGUUCUACAGCAACUUGCUUGCAAGCACGACGUUGACAUUUCGACUGUUCCCGUGUUCAACAUUCUUACCGAUGGUCAGAGAUUCGUGCUGAUGCAAGUCAAGGGAGAUAAGCUGUAUCUGGAGCACGUGUCGAAAAACGGAGAGGAAGUACUGAAUAUCCGAACCACGCAAGUGAUGGAAUCAUUAUUUAAUCUGUUUGAAAUGACACUAAACUGCAUGCCCUGAGCAUCAGUUACUGUGAUUAUAGUUACCUUCUACACACUAACAAAAAUGACGGUCGAAAAGUAAAAACACUUUGCGAAAGCCACCACCUAAAUAUUUCUUUCCUUGUUUUCUUUUCUGUCCAUGUUAUUAUUAUUUGUUUCACUCGAACAUACAAGCGCGCACGACUUUAUAUGUUUUAGUGUAAUCUCUUUGGUUUUUAAAUGUCCGCAUAUUAACAAGAUGUACAUGUAUUCCACGUGAGCAGAAUAAUCCAUUUGUGUCGAUUUUUAUCUUUUAAAGACGUCGUUGUAAUUACUAGACGUAGAGGAACAGGUACCUUUAAUAAAGUUACAUGUUAAACAUUA